AUGGAGAAGAGACCCCCCAGUGUGCCCAGGCUGGCCUGGCAGGGAGAGGAGGAACAGGAGAAGAACAACCCUGGGGCUGCUGCAGCAGGGCAGCCUGAAGAGGUGCAGAAGGUCCUGCUGCUGCAGGCGGGUUGGGAUCUGCCAGGAGAGGGGCAGCCCAGGGACGUGUCUGCUGAGCCCAGGGUGGAAAGGACCUCCGAGGAACCCCAUGAUGUGGUGGUGACCCUUCUGCACCGUGCCCCAUCAUGCGACAGAGAAGCUGUAACCAUCUGGAGGCAGAUGCUCUCCAGCAGCAGGACAGCAGAAAAGACAGUGCAGGAGCUGCUCCGUGUGCUGGAGAACUGGCCCUGGCACCACACAUCCACCGCUGACGGGGACAGCAUCGAUGUCUCUGCCCUGGCUGCCACCAGGGCACUGCAGGAGAUCCUCCAGAUGCCCGAGUGCCCAGAAGGUUUGCGCGUGCGUUUCCCGCACUUCUUCCUGGCUCUGCUCUUCCAGAUGCUCUUCACCACGGAGGAGCUGCCCGAGGAGGUCGAUGCCUUCUGGCAGAGAGUCCAGCAGGAAGGCCGCCUUCCCAGCACCCCCAGCAGGUUGGCAAUGCAGACCCUGAAGGAACUGCUCUGCUAUGUGGGCCUUGAGGAUGAGAUGCGUGAAUUCGAGCGCAAGCACGGCUGGGAAGCACUGCUCAACCCUGAGACCCAGCUCAGUGCGAUGGGGCUGCUGGCCAGAGAGCUGUGCGGAGCCUGGAGGGGCUCACGGUACGAAAUCGCUCGCUGCAUGGUGGAGCUGCUGAGCAGGGAGCAGCCGCGCUUGGAGCUCCCUGCCAUGGCGUUCCUGGCUGAGCUCCUGGCCUGCCCUGACAUGUGGCGCUACGCUGAACGUGUCCUGCAGCUGGCACCAAGGUACCUGCGGAGCGAGAGCAGCGCGAUGCGGUGCCUGGUGCUCAGAGCCCUCAGCGCCCUCUGCCACGAACCCGCGAUGGCCAAAAGGAUGUGGAUCCUGCAGAGAAGGCUCAUGGAGCUACUCGGGGAUGCAGAUGGGGAGGUGGUUGAGAUGACCCUCUCCUUGCUCAGAAAGAUGCUCUGGGACAUCAACCAGCCACUUUUCAAAGGCAUCACUCUGGAGCUGGCUGAGAGGCUCCAGCCGCUCUUUGACCACAACAACAGCCGAGUGCAGCUGCUCUCCCUCCAGCUCUUCCAACGUCUGAUGGAGGGUGUCAACAAGAAGGGAAGAAAGAAGCUGAAAGAGCUAGUCUACCAGAGUCUGAUCCAACUGUUCUGCAUCCUGCACGAUGAGAAUCAGGAGGUGGCAGAGGCCUCUCAGGACACCCUGCUGCGAGCUGUCCAUCUCCUGCAGAAGAGGAAGCUGAGCCAGCUGCUGGAGAGGCGGCAGACAUGGCCAGCGGGCGAGUGCCUGCUCUCCGAGAGCAGCAGCUCCAGAGCCAGCCAGUACGUGCAGCAGGCGCUGUGGUGCCUGCAGAGCCGCAAGCCGUCCGUGCAAGAGGCGGCCGUCAGGUUCAUGGGGCUCGCUGGGCAGCGCCUGAAGGGUCAGCAGGAGGAGCUCCAGGCCAUGCAUGAGGCCCUUCAGAGCAUGCCAGGUGACAUCAGCGCUUCACUCGCGAACCUGUCGGCUCAAACGCAGCUCAUCCUGACAGCUGUAGAUGGAACAGCAUCCUCCAGGCCCAGUCUGCUGCACCGGCUCCACGGGGCCUGGAGGAGACGGACUUCUCUCUGGGUCUCUGACUGA